AUUUCUAUUCAAACCAGCCACAAAUAUCACCGGAUGAAUUUCAUUUCAUUUUAUUUCGGCAUCAAAGUAUGUUUUGUUAUGGUUUUUAUAAAACUAUUCAUCCCGUCCCAUUUUAAUAGUCAACCUUGUUAUACUCUUUUCUUUUUCCCAAUUGGGUUGGUAGCUUCACGGGCCUGGAAAAUUUUUCUAAAUGAUAAGUCAGCCUAAGUUGUAAGAAGAAUGCUUGAAAUAUACAAAAUGGAGGAGGAAGUCCAAAGGCUAACAUGCAGUUUCGAAUUCCGAGCAUAAUUAAAGCAAUGCGAUUUAUUUCACAUGUUAGACCUCAUGGAAGUUGGAAAAGCUCCACACUGAAAAACAAUGUACAUUUGUUGCUUUCUUCAUUAAUUUCUUCAAUCUCGGCUUAUCUCUUUAAUUGCUGCAGGUAAGUCCAAUGGUUUCCACGGCACUGGAUUGAGGAAACUAUUUUUUCCAUUACAAGACGUGAAUGAUUAGCACUUUCUGCUGGAAAAAAAAUGGUAUCAAUCUAACAGUGCAUUGUCCCUGUGGUGGGUUAUAGCCUAAGAAGACGUAUGAUCCCAUGGAUGAUCGAAAUUGGAAGGAUCUGGGUCUAGAUUGCCUUGCUGAAGUGUUUAAAUGGGUAGGAUUGGAGACACUUUUAUUAAGCGUUCCAUUUGUUUGCAAAUCAUGGCAUAAAGCUACACUUGACCCGAAAUGUUGGCAGAUUCUGAUUUUCCCCGAAAUCAGAUGUUUCGAACAUUUUCUUAGACCAAUGACUUUGGAACUGGUGCAUUCAUAUGCUCUGUCGUGCCAUGAUUUUCCUAGUUUGUCAUUCGCUCGUUUUGUCGUGAGCCGUAGUCACAGGUCUGCUACAGAGUUGGUUCUUCCUGGCACUUGUUCAUGGCAAGUAUUGGAAUACGUAUCAGAUGAGUGCCCGGAUUUGAAAUUCUUAGGCUUGUCACUUGAGUUUUUGUAUAAAAAUGGACAAGCCAUAGAAAACCUGAUUGGCAAAUGGAAGAGCUUGCAAGCAUUGAGCAUUGGCAACUGCUAUAUGCUCAAUGAAAUAUUUGCACAGAUUCAGCUUCACUGCAAGAAAUUCAUUGGCCUGAUUUUCUGUUAUAGUUGGAUUGGUAGCGAAGAAGCAUCGGCCAUAGCCAGUUUGCCAAACAUCAAGUAUUUGAGCUUCAGAAGAGCUCAUAUUCCACAGAACAAUCUGCACCUUAUACUGGAGAGUUGCAGAAGUCUUGAACUCCUAGAACUGAAGCAGUGCAGUGGAUUUGAUUGUGAUAAUCAGAUGAGGAGGAUGACAUCCCAUAUAAAAACUAUCAAAUACGAGGAAUCGAGUUCAGGCCAGGAAUAUGAUGAGUAUAGUUACUAUGUCGACGAGGAGCAAGCUAGACUAGCUUACAACAACUGGUUACAUGUUUAAUAACCGAUUUCCAAAUAUUAACCGAGGUUUCUGUGUUUUAAACUAGGAUAACGUAUACGUUAUGAAUAAAUCGACGUUCUGUCUCCUUUCGGUUUUUUUUUUUUUUUUCUUUGUAAAUGUUUGUUUGACUAGGUCAUUGAUCAGGGGCGUCCCUCAUGAUGGGCUAAUAGAUAGAUGUUUCAUGCGGAAUGUACUAAUAUCAUUAAACAAAGCUUAAAAUGGAAACCUAGCAGAACAGAUGUUAGUCAAAGAACUCAACUUAAGAGAUCAUCAGCUUUAAUAUAAUGUUAAAAGGUACAUAUGCAGGACAGCAGGAGACAAGCAAGAUUCUUUUGUACAGUUCAAAACUAUAAAAUAUGAUGAAAACUAG